CAAUUGGUCCUCCUCGCCGCUUCUUCAAACUUUUCCCGCCAAAACCAACCGUCGGAACACCACCUCACGGUCCUCACCCUCCUCCUCCGCAACUGUAACCACUCCUCCACCGCAACCUCCCUCCAUUCCGUUGCGGUAAAGUCGGCCUAUUUAUACGACACUCUCACCACCAAUCGCCUCAUCAACUGCUAUGUCUGGCUCCACAGGAUCGACUCUGCAGUCAAGGUGUUCGACGAAAUGCCCCGACCAAACAUCGUGUCGUGGACCUCGCUCAUCUCCGGCUGCCCCAGCACCGCUCGCCCUGAAUCGUCUCUGCGGCUGUUCGGGAGAAUGCUUCAGUCUUCGGUUCAUCCCAACGAGUUCACUUUCGCUACUGUUGUUAACGUGUGUUCGGCACUUACUGAUGUCGAAACAGGACGGAAAAUUCACGCCGUGGGUCUGCAGAAUAACCUCGUUGUGUGUUCUUCGAUGGUUGAUGUGUACGGGAAGUGUAAUGAAGUCGGUGGCGCUAGGCGGGUUUUUGAUUUGACGGGUGGUGGGAAUGUUGUGUCUUGGACUUCGAUGAUUGCUGCUGACGCCCAGAAUGGAGGAGGCAAGGAAGCACUUGGGCUUUUUAGGGAAUUUAAUCGGCAGAUGUUGGAGUGUCCGAGUCAUUUCAUGUUGGCUAGUGUUGUAAAUGCUUGUGCAAGCUUGGGUCGGUUAGUUUCUGGCAAAGUUGCACAUGGAGCAGUGAUUCGAGGUGGCCAUGAUUUGAAUGAGGUGAUUGCGAGUGCAAUUGUUGACAUGUACGCUAAGGAGUAUUCUAACAGGGUUUUCAGGCGAAUCCCAAAUCCGUAUGUAAUACCCUACACUUCGAUGAUUGUCGCGGCUGCCAAGUAUGGAAUGGGGAAAAUGUCCCUUCAACUCUUUGAAGAAAUGAUUGAUAGAGGAAUAAGAGCAAACGAUGUCACCUCUGUUGGUGUCUUGCACGCUUGUAGCCAUUCGGAGCUUGUGGAUGAAGGGCUCCAAUUAUAUGAGUCUAUGUAUGAGAAACAUGGAAUAUCCCCCAACGCAAAGCAUCAUACUUGCAUAGUUGACAUGCUUGGACGUCUCAAUGAGGCAUACGAAUUAGCCAAAUCCCUCCAAGCAGAACUAAAUCAAGAAGCCUCGGUGUGGGGGACACUUGUUUCAGCAAGUAGGCUUCAUGGAAGGGUUGAUAUUGCUGUUGAAGCUAGUAGACGGCUUAUAGAUUCCAACCAACAGGUAUCAGGUGCAUAUGUCACAUUGUCAAAUGCUUAUGCAUUGAGUGGGGACUGGGAGACUGCCCAGGGUCUUCGGUCAGAAAUGAGGCACACUGGGCUUGGGAAAGAACCUGGCUGCAGUUGGGUAGAGAUUAAAGACACAAAUUAUGUGUUUUACGCUGGAGAUGUAUCAUCAUGUGCACGCCAAAGUGAGGUGAUUACUUUGCUGAGGGAGUUGGAGGGGAAAAUGAAACAAAGGGGGUAUGUAGGAGGGAGUAAAGGAUUGGUCUUUAUCAAUAUAGAAGAGGAAGCCAGGGAGGGAAUUGUAGGUCUUCAUAGUGAAAGACUGGCGUUGGGUUUUGCAUUUCUGUGUAUACCAAAAGGAGUCACCAUUAGAAUAAUGAACAACUUGAGAAUGUGUACUGAUUGUCAUGAGGCUUUCAAGCUUAUUAGUGAUAUUGUUGGGAGGGAAUUAGUUGUUAGAGAUGUUAAUAGGUUUCAUCACUUUAAAUGUGGUUCCUGCACUUGUAGGGAUUUUUGGUAA